AUGCCACACUCCGCCGCCGACAGAAACCUCUGGCUGGCCUAUGCCAACGCAGUCAAGGAGGCCAUCCAGUUUGAGCCAACGCAUGGUACUGCCCUGUACCUCUCCAGCAAGGCCCAGAAAGGACCCUUUGCUUCACCACGGAUACCUCUGGAAUACACCAAUGCCGGCAUCUAUGAAGCUGCGAAUAAUCAUCUGCGAACAGGAGACCUUUUCUAUCACCCCGAUUCUCGAGAUUCUUAUGUGAAGUCUCUCAGAACCUUUCUCCAAUCAGUUGAUGCCGUAAGCGAGGGUGCCAGGGGUGACGUUCACAUCAGCAUCGAGAGUUGUAUGAGGGAGCUCGAAGAUAGCCUUGAAAUCUACGAGAAAUCCGCUGAUAAGGCACGCCGGACAUUCAAAAAGCACUCGGAUGUGGGCAUGACUGGUGAUUCGACCUUUUCGCAAUGGCACCAGACUAAUGCGCCGGCCUUUUGCAACUCUAUUCGAGAUGUCGAGGUUGCAUCUGAUGCUCUUCUAGCUGCAGGAAGCGUGCUCAUUGGGCCGCGAGCGCAGAAGUGGAAUCAAGACUUGAGAAAGCUCCUGUACGCAAUGAUGUCAGAGCAAGAGAUACCAGGAUCAGGCGAGAAGGCUCAGAAACUGCUCAACAAAAUCAAAUUGCGUAAGAAGGCAGGUCCGUCAAAAGUUGUGGCUUGCGUCCCCGCGUUCUAUUGCCCCGACUACGAGAAUGUGGUCAGGGAUUGGAUCGGCGCGGGCCGUCGCGAUGAACCGGGUGAUAGAUUAUACGUGCGUUACGCAGAAGGAGAAAUAGCCGACGAGGGCGGGUUCGGACAUGAAGAGCAGGGCAACAGUUUCAAGUUCACCUACCCACCAUGGCUCUCAUUCUAUGUCGAUGGACACGAGUUGCCUUUCAAGGCUGUCAUGCAGGACAGCGAUGUGGACAUCACCAUAUCUUUUGACAACCUAAGAAUUGUUAAAGUCGCCCCAGGCGCAUGGUAA